AUGGCUCCAAUUUCCUCCUGGUCGACGGAGCUCCCGGAAGAGCUGCUAGAGAUAAUCUUGAGGCAGCCGACCGAUGCCGUUAAUCUUUACAACUACCGCAACGUGUGUCGGUCAUGGCGGUCGGUUGUGGACAAGGUGUUAGCGUCGUCACCUCCACUCCUACUUGUCUACGAUGAAAAGGGUAUAGAUUGCAUAUGGUUGUUCAAUAUUUUCACCGGCGACUCAAGCUUUUGUAAAAUUCCGAGGUUGCCGAGAAGAAUCCACUCUUGGCAUGGUUGGCUGGCAAUGGAUUUCACCACAUCCAAGAAUCACGCUCACGAUUUGUGUCUCUACAAUCCAUUGUCAAGGGCUCGGAUCGGGCUCCCUACGCUCAUGUUUGAGAACUCUCCUAAUUCCCGGAAUCUCAAGUUUAUUUCAUCAAUAUCUAACCACACAAAUCCAAGUUCAAUUGCUUUAGCUAUUCUAGAGGGCCAAUCUCUUGUUGAAAAAUUGAUGUUUUGGAAACCAGGUGAUGAAGAGUGGACACCCGUUGAUACUCCUUUUGAUUUUGAGACUCCUUUUGGUUUUGUUACUGACAUUAUAGGCUACAAGUGUGGUGGAUUCUGUGCAAUUGACUACUCGGGGAACCUUACACAAUUUGAGUUGAGUCCUGUUCCUCGUGCCAAACAAAUCCAAACUGGAAAAAUUUAUGAUGGUAAUCACAAGGCUCUUUGUCAUGCAUAUUCCUAUCUGGUGGAAUCGCUGUCUGGGGAUCUGUUGCUGGUUAAUAGAUGUUUCUUCCCACAUAAGGAGUUUAAGAUUUACAGAUUGGAUUGGGAGAAGAUGAAGUGGGAUGAGAUGAGGAGCUUGGGUGAUGCAGCAAUUUUCUUGGCUCGUAACCAAUCUGUGUGCAUACGAGCUGAUGAAUCUACCGCAUACAGUCGUAAUUGCAUCUAUUUCACAGAUGAUGUAUCGUUAUUUGAUGACUUCUUCAACAUGCUAAGACUCCGAGAUGAUUUUGGGGUAUACCACAUGGCAAAUAAAACCAUCCAUCGCUUUCCUUGCUUGUUUCAGUGUCACACUGGUUUACGCUACCGAUGGUUGUCUUACACCAAUUUUCCGGCAAUCGGACCAGAUCAGAUGGAACUCCUAAAAAGCAAACCAUCAGAAGAACGCUCCUAUUCUCUUAAGUUAUAG